CAGAGCGGAGCGGAGCGGCGCGGGCGGAGGAGCCGGGCGCUCGGCGGGGAGGACGGAGCUCACCUCCUCUGCAGCGCCCAUGGGGACAGGACGACUUUGAAGGAGUUUGGGGGGGGUUCUGGCGCUGGGCGACCACGGAUCCGGCGAUUCCUGCCCUCGCCUCGCCCUGUCAUUGAUGGGAAAUCAACUGGAUCGCAUCACCCACCUGAAUUACAGCGAGCUGCCGACCGGGGACCCCUCGGGGAUCGAGAAAGACGAGCUGCGCGUCGGGGUGGCUUACUUCUUUUCGGAUGAGGAGGAGGACCUGGACGAGCGAGGCCAGCCAGACAAGUACAGCGUGAAGGGCUCCGGCAGCCCUGGCCAGGAGACGCCCACCCACCACCUCCACCACCAGCUGGUGCUGAACGAGACCCAGUUCUCCGCUUUCCGCGGCCAGGAAUGCAUCUUCUCCAAGGUCAGCAGCGGCCCCCAGGCCGGGGACCUCAGCGUCUACUCGGUGUCGGCCCUGCCUGCCCUCUGCAAGCCGGGGGACCUGCUGGAGCUGCUCUACCUGGGGCCCUCGGAGCACCCGCCGCCGCACUGGGCGGUGUACGUGGGCAGCGGGCAGAUCAUCCACCUGCACCAGGGGCAGAUCCGCCAGGACAGCUUGUACGAGGCGGCCGCGGGCAACGUGGGCCGGGUGGUGAAUAGCUGGUACCGCUUUCGCCCGCUGGUGGCCGAGCUGGUGGUGCAAAACGCCUGCGGGCACCUGGGCUUAAAAAGCGACGAGAUCUGCUGGACGAACUCCGAGAGCUUCGCCGCCUGGUGCCGCUUCGGGAAAAGGGAGUUCAAAGCCGGGGGGGAGCUGCAGGCUGCUGCCGGCACCCAGCACCAGCAGCAAUACUAUCUCAAGAUCCACUUGGCCGAGAACAAGGUGCACACGGUGAGGUUCCACAGCCUGGAGGAUCUAAUACGCGAGAAGCGCAGGAUCGAUGCCAGCGGCAAACUGAGGGUGAUCAAAGACCUGGCUAUAGUGGAUGGGAAGGAAUAGGGAGUAGCGGGGGUGCGUGGCUACCUUCUGCCCUGCCCUGCCCUGCCCUGCCCGGGGAGACCAGCCUGCCACAGAGACGGCAGGCUGCACCUUCUUUCCGUGGGACGCGACUGGAAGCGGGAUCCAUGGCAACAUUCCAAAAAACCAGCAUUCUUUACACCCAUAGCCAGUAUUUUGUUUGGCUUUCAAGAGCAUUAACGCUGAAAGAGCGAGAGAGAGAGGAAGAAAAGAGGGGGGAGGUGCAGGAAGGCUGUUCUCGGAGCGUGUGGACAAAGUCUCUCCUGUCGAUCGAUGUUGACCAUUCUAGCAACACGCCAAUAAAAUUUCAAAUUGAAA